AUGACUUCCGCACCUACACUACAGCCCAAGUUCCUACCGAACAAGCAUGACCUAGGCAUCGUUGCAGUCGGCUUCAGUGGCGGCCAGCCCAAAGCCGGCGUCGACGCCGCCCCCAUGGCACUCAUCGAAAACGGCCUCAUCAAGCAACUAGAAGAAGACCUCGACUUCAACGUCACCUACGACGGCCAAGUGCACAACUACUCCGAGCUACGCCCCGCCUCCGACGCCGAAGUCCUCAGAAUGAAGCAACCACGAUUCGUGUCCGCGGUUACAAAGCAAGUCUCCGACCAAGUCUACGCCCACGCCAAAACAGGAAAACUCGUCUUGACGCUCGGCGGCGACCACUCCAUCGCCAUCGGCACCGUGUCCGGGACUGCGAAAGCCGUGCGGGAGCGGUUGGGUAAGGAGAUUGCGGUUAUCUGGGUGGACGCGCAUGCGGAUAUCAAUACGCCUGCGUCGAGCGAAAGCGGCAAUAUUCACGGUAUGCCGGUUGCCUUUUUGGCGGACCUUGUGGAGGAUAAGGAGAAGGAGGAAUUAAAGAGGGAGGAUGUGUUUGCGUGGCUGGAGAAGGAGCAUUUGAUUAGUCCGAAGAAGUUGGUGUAUAUUGGGUUGAGGGAUAUUGAUAAGGGGGAGAAGAAGAUUUUGAGGGAACACGGGAUUAAGGCGUAUAGUAUGCAUGAGAUUGACAGGCACGGCAUUGGCAAAGUCAUGGACAUGGCAUUGGGUUGGAUCGGAAGCGACACGCCCAUUCAUCUCUCCUUCGACGUCGAUGCUCUCGACCCCAUGUGGGCGCCUAGCACUGGUACGCCCGUACGUGGUGGUCUGACGCUGCGCGAGGGCGACUUCAUCGCUGAGAGCGUUGCUGCGACUGGUCAACUUAUUGCGCUGGAUCUCGUUGAGGUUAACCCCAGCCUCGAUGCUGAGGGUGCUGGUGAUACUGUCCGCGCUGGUGUUUCGAUUGUAAGGUGUGCGCUUGGCGACACUCUUUUGUAA